CGUCACGUCAUCCCAAAAGCUUACGUUGUGCACUGCUGCCUGCAUUAGCAUUGCCCUUCAACCAUGUCCCUCUUCCCAACUCCCCAAAGACCAAGGCAUCUAGUCGAAUUCAACGCUGGAAAAUGCUAUCGCGAUGGCAAUAUGUUGAAACCAGACCUUCGAAAAGGACUCAUAUAUAUGGACCAGACCGACGACCAACUAUUGCAUUUUUACUGGAAAGACCGAAAAGCCAACAUUGUUGAGGAAGAUUUGAUCAUAUUCCCUGAGGAAGCCGAGAUGGUGCCCGUACCAGAGUGUGAAACUGGAAGAGUCUUUCUGUUAAAGUUCAAGUCGUCAAGUCAAAAGCUGUUCUUCUGGAUGCAGAAUGCCAACGAUGAGAAAGACAAGGAGAAUGUGGAUAGAGUGAAUAAGUUGAUUAACGACCUGCAAAGUGCUCUCAAUGACCAACAUGGUAGAAGCGGUAGAGCUGAAGGCGAUGACGAGGACUCUGCGGCCGAUGUGCUCAGUUUGCUUGGCAGCAGCGGUCAAGAGCUGGGAUUGACACAUUUCAUAAAGGCAUUGCAAAAGCAAGCAAAGGAUCGUGAAGAGGGUGCUGAUAUAUCCGAAUCAAUGGAUGAAGAUUAAAGCUCUCCCCCUCCCCCUUUUUUUUUUGUGAAUAAAACCUUCCCGCCCAUGAUGACUGUCAAGUACUG